CUGUAGUUUUUCGGAUCCAGUAGGCCCGCCUCCAGCUGGCAGCACUUCAUCCCAACAUCCUCGACUGGGACACAUACGAAACGUUUGCUCCACAAUUCGGUCUGUAGCUGUAGUCUAAAUCUCGGAUAAACUACAAUUGCAUAGUAUCGCGAUACAAGCACAUAUAGAUUUUAUCCACAUCAAAAUUUUCCACUGAAUCUCCUUCAGGAUGAGCACUGAAUCACCGAAUGAAGCGCACCCAGUGGAAUCCGUGCUUGACCAGAAAUUGGCUUUGAAUCGUGCUCUUGUCAGAUUGGUCCAACAAGCGCGUCGUCUCAAUUUUACCAGCUUGGAGGGCUAUGGAUCGCUGGAGGGAUUCCUCCUGGAGCACGCAGUGCCAGAGUUGCCGAUGACGGACAGUGAAACCGCACACUCCACCACCACAGCGACCAGCUCGGCCAGGCCGUGUCCAAAGCGAAAACCCAGUGGCCAAGUCCGAUCGGCGGCCAAGGCAAUCAAAUUACGCAAGACUGAUACGCAUCUGAGGACGCCACGUGGCGUCCAGUGUAUGACCGCACAUCUGCCGGUGCCGCCGCCACCGCCACCGCCCUCUCCACGCUACCCACAGGCACGGGAACUUGAUGUGGCCCUGGAGACGGCCGAUCAUCUACGGAUCGAAAUGGCCGAGACGGACGCACUAUUGGAUCAACUGCUAUACGAUGCCAAGGCCCUCGAACGCCAGGUGGCGAUCCAGUGUCAAUGGCAAAGGGAUACGGAGCUAAUACGCAGUCUGGAGAUGGAGUACAAUGGGCGAUCCUUGAGGUAUCUGAUAGAGGCCAUUCAGUCGGACUGCGAGAGUGAGCAUGUCCAGGCGCUCUGGAGGCGUUGCCAUCGCUCCUUGGAACGCCACGCGGAGCGUCAGCUGGCGCUGGAUUCCGAAGAGGAUUCGCAUCUGGAGCGCAUUGAUCUCAAUGAAGACGAGGGCAACGGCAAGGGCACCCAAACCGAUCUUUCUGAGAACGAGAUUUUGCCAGCACUGGCAAAUGUGAUAUGCCAAUGGAUGCGAAGUACGGCGGAGUGCUUAAGGCAGCGGGCUCAGGAGCAGACUCGGGAGCAGGCGAAGGCCACCAAGUGCAGCAGAGAGUGCCACGCAAAGCCUGCCUUGGAUAGUAUUUGAAUAAAGAUACACGACUUGAAAA